CACGCUGUUAUAUACUGUUCAUCCGCCGCAGCUGUCACUCGCGUAUUCAAUACUACGCUCACUGCUCUGGCGGUAACUUAGGUAUUAUGAUAUAAUCGUUAUUUGUCGUCAACGAUAUAUCGUAAUAAUAAUACCGUCGUCGGCGUAAUUAAUAUUAUACCUGUACAUAAAAUAUAUGUGUGCCAGUGCUAGUCGCCGGAGAAGAGUGGUACGUUUUUCCUCCAAAAGAACUAAACAAUUCCGAUCCGAACUCGACGGCAGUGAAUUCUCGACGAAAAGUACAACAUAACAUAUUAUAGUACCUACCUAUAUUAAAAUAACAUUAAUAUGACUCAGACCAACAAGUCGGGCACGGUUGUGGUCUUCGAAAUCGGCUUCUUCUGCGUGUUGUUCGCGUCCAUCACCUCCGGCUCGUUGGUCGGCAGAGGAAGAGGACUGAUUCAGAAUGCACUAAACAUGGGCGUUAGACACGAUAAUAACACCGGCCGCAGCGACUGCGUGUACAAACGAGAUGCAGACGACACGUGUCCCGGAGAGGAUAUACUUUUUCAUUAUUACACUCUCAGAAACACCGGUGGAAGUGGUGGAGGAGGAGGAGACGGGUAUUCGAGAAUGCAGAAGCAACAAAUCGAAUUCACGUCACCCGCUUGGCUGCACUCGAGCGGAUGGGACCGUUCGCUGCACACGGUGUUAAUUGUGCACGGAUAUGGUGGAGCGGGUCAAGACUAUUUGCCAGGAGCGGUGCUAAGAGACGCAUACUUGAACAACGGAAAGUACAACGUGUUCAUGGUGGACUGGGGAAAACUGUCGGCGAUUCCGUGUUACGCGGCCUCCGUGCACAAUCUCAAGCCCGUGGCCAGGUGUAUGGCGGUCAUGUUGACGCAUUUGCGAGCCGCCGGACUGGACGUGGACCAGCUCACGUGUGUUGGUCACAGCUUGGGCGCACACCUGUGUGGAAUAAUGGCCAACUACCUGCCGUUCAGAAUGCACCGCAUCAUAGGUGUGGAUCCGGCAAAACCAUUGAUCCGUAACCGGGCGUCCAGCCGAUUGGAUUCUGGGGACGCGGACGUCGUUCAGAUCAUACAUGCCACUUCCAAAUACGGCGAUUUGAAACGUAUGGGGCACGUGGAUUUCUGUCUGAAUGGCGGACACGUCCAACCGUUCUGUUCCAACUCUUCCGAUACCGAACUCUGUGGUCACACGAGGAGCGUAUGUUACCUGGCAGAGAGUUUGGACUCUGAAGCCGCCCGAAAAGCGGUACCGUGUACCAGGAGAUGUUUGCAGGGUGGCGAAGGAGGUUCGAGUUAUUCGACUGUCAACUCUUUCGGACAAACGCCGUACGUCGUCCUGGGCCAACACACACCCGACGAGGUGAACGGCGUGUACUGCGUGACCAACUCGGACGCACCGUACUGUUCUAAAACCAGCGUCAAGGGUAGUCCAUACUGCUGUCCGCCGCCACCUGCGAACGGUCAACAGUCGAACAGCGAUACCGUCGAUCAAUCGAUGAGGCUGCCCGAAGACGAGGACUACAACAGUAGCAACAACAACAAGAACAACAACUGAAAUCACGGACGGGUAAAGGAAAAAAAAACAUCAAAAACACUGAAAAAUCAUAAGACGUCUUAAUUUUAUUGUCUUUACACGAAAUGUACAAAAUAUCAAAUAUUUGUUUUUAAAUAUAACAUAAUUUAAGUCACAUACAUACACAUUUAUAUAUUUAUAUAUAUUUAUAAUAUUAUCAUGUUUAUGCACUCGUGCGACUCGUAUAAAUCAUGUAUAUAGGUAGAACCUCGUUAUCACAUAUUAUAUUAAUAUGAAUAUUAUAACAUGCACAAUGCACAUCUAUAGAAUAUAUAUGGCUAUAAUUAUAUAUUGUAUUAUGCAUUUACAGAGUCCAGAUGUCGAUGAAGCUUUUUAAAAUGAUCGGAAAUCUCGACAUCGUAAUUUAUUCCAUAUUAUUAUAGGCGGGCAUAUAGGUGUGUAUUACAUCGCAUUAUCGGCAAAGUUGCGGUCUGUGAUCUACAGAGGUGGCUGCAUAUUAUUUCGAUUAUAUCGACUAUCGUUGACUCAAACCGGAGACGGUGUUGUUUUUGCGUUUUUGGUAUUUCAAAAAAAAGCGACAAAAAGUAUUUUUCCGCAGACGGUUGAGCGACGAUAUCACCGAGCAGCGGUCGUAGUAAAUAAAUUAUUAUAUUAUUAUUACACACUAUAAAUCAUUUUUGUUACGAAAAUGGAUUAAAAAAAUAAAUCGAGACGGCCGUGAAAAAAAACGGUCGGUCGGCCGGUCGGUUAAGAUCUAUCUUAAAAGUUAAAAACAUUAAUCAUUUGACAUAUUCCGCACAGAGAUAUACGCAGCAUAUUAUAAUACAAUAAUAAUUUAUACUACGCUUUCAUAGUCAUAAUAAUAUAGUAUUAAAUAUAUACAGUUAAAAAUAAAACGAAACGUCAGGAAAUAGGAACACUCCCCUCACCAAUGUCUUGCAGUGGACUAAAAAUAAUGAUAAAAAAUUAGCUUAAAAAUAUUAUCGAAAGAAUAUUCCCUCAUACUGUGACAAAGCAAUGAAAUAUUUAAAGAAAAUAAUGGCACAUUAAUGAUGAAAGAAAAACUUCGCGAGUACAAUUGCGCCAUUCUCGAGAAUGUGAUAAACAACAAAUAGAAAAAUAUUUAGUUCGAAUGAUAUUGGACGACGGCGUUGACGGUUGUACGCGCGUGUAUUUAUUUCAAAACCAAAAAAAUGACUUUUUUUAGUGAUACGAUAAGCAGAGACGCAAAUAAAUAAUUUGGGAAUAGGUAUAAUAAUAUUAUAACAAAUGGGCGGCAAUUUACUGUUUAUAGAACGAGUUUGUUAAAAACAAAAAUGAUAGUAAUAAUAAAAUUGUUGAAGACACGUUACGUUGAUGUCAAUAAAACAGUCUUCAAGACGCAACGGGAAACUUGUUUGAAAUUAUUAGAGAAAAUUCCGAGUGACGGACUUCGCCAAGUGUCGAACAAAUUGAUCGCGAGGUUUCGUCUUUCAUGACUUUUAUUUUUCGCCGAGAGCAUGACGUUUAUAAUAUUACAACGAGAUAAACAUCCACCUGUUUGAUCUGUGCCUAUAAUAUUUUCAUGUCGCGUUGGUUUUUGUGCCAUACCGUUUACUAGGUCCUGUCGCCGACGCAUUCGGCCGCGUUUAAACAGUAUACUGGGUACUCAUUUUCAUUCUUUCCGUUAACCCUAGGUUUUCCGGUGGAUGAUGACCAAAAAAAAAUAUCGUAUAAGAUAUGGGUUGGGUAAGUGACAUUUAGGGAUCGUCAAGCCAACGACUAUAUAGCAUAUUAUAAUAAUAUUAUCAUGAUUAUGGCAAUGGAAACGAAAAUAAAUAUAAUUAUAUAAUAUUUCAAUUUUAUCGAUUUUGUACAAUAUAAUAUAUUUUAGAAAUGUUAUACCUACUUACAAAGUUGAAAAACACACGGUCUUCUGCAAGUCUAACUGUGUUAGUAGGUAUACUUAUAUCCAGUAUUCGUAUUCGGUAAAGGAUUUUUCGCUCGUCGAAAACUGCUGAUUUUUCUAUGAACACUAGUUUUGGGGGAGGAGAGGGGGCUGAUAAAUUAAAAGUUACACGUAAAGGUGGUGUUAUGACGUUAUCUCUGAACAGCCAAUAAAAGAGAUGGAUCGUAGUAUUAUAUUAACACUAGUUGAGUCUAAUUGGAUUAUG